GUUCAUUUUUCGACGCUAUACCUCACACUGCCUUCCAUCUCGUCCUCUCCAAAAUCCCCAUGGAUGAUAGCGACUCAACUGUGCCGGGAGGCUUGUCAGUCCUCGACUGUGGAGAACUCAUCGACAGAAUUAUUGACCACCUCUUCGACGACAAACCCGCUGUUCGCUCCUGCUCUCUCGUCUGCAAGUUGUGGGUACCUUCGAGCCAGUUUCACCUCUUCGCUGAACCUCCCGACCUCGAGGAAGAUGCCGCGGUUAACGCUUUUCGUGACCGCGUCGUAGCUCCGACUUUCAAAACUCGGCUGCUCAUCCAGUCCCUGCGAAUUAAGUUCACACGGGAGGUCUCUUUGUUUACAGUGGCCGAACUCUUACAAAACCUGCCCUGCCUCCGUGAACGUCUUGUUCUCCGAAACAUUCUCCUCCCUGAAAUACAAACGGAACCGAUCAUGAAGCCCAGGGUGCGUUUCAAGAUGAGAUGUCUCAAGAUCAUGGACAAGUCCAGUAGUGUUUGCCCCUUCACCGUUUAUCCACAUGCAGUGGCCAGAAUACUCCACUUGUUCUCCGAAAUAGGAGAGUUGAUCUGCCGUGAACCAGAAGAAUUUAUAUGUAACGAAGAAUUCCUAGAAUCGAUAGGUGGUCAAUCGGCCUUGAAGACGUUCGAACAAACACCACCACCUUUCCCCGACGAUAUCCGUAUACGUAUCUUGCGGCUCACCUAUAUCACCACUUCCACCCUGAUCAGCAAGCUUGCCGAAUCACAUAGGGAUACAUCUUGUUAAACUGGACUUGGUACUUCGGAGUUGGACUCAAAUGGAACCGGCAGGCCUUUUGUUGCGAGUAUGUCCUAACCUGACAAAGGUGACACUCAGUCUUCUUUACUUAGGACGGUUUGAUUUCGAUGCACUAGACGAUGAGGCGUGGAGUAAUAUUCCGGUAGCUCCCCCAUGGGAGCUCAUUAAUUUUUCCUGUUGCAAAAAGCUUGAAAACCUAGAUCUCACUGUGCCCUCAAUAAUCUCACUCGCUGACG